AUGGCGGGGUUCAUAGAUGAUGCUGGCUCCAGGCAGGGAGAAGGAGAUGGUGACCCAUCUCACCCUGUGUGGAGGGGCUUCUCCAAGCAGGGGCAACGCCCCGUGAAGCAGUCCCUGAGUGCCUGCAUGUGCCGGGAGUCCCACUGGAAAUGCCUCCUCCUCUCCAUCCUCAUGUAUGGCUGCCUGGGUGCAGUGACCUGGUGUCAGCUGGCCCGGAUCACCAAGCUCAGUUUUGACAGCUCCUUCAAGGGCAAGUCCAUGAUCUAUCAUGACAGCCCAUGCUCGGACGGCUAUGUCUAUAUCCCGCUGGCCUUCCUCUCUAUGCUGUACGUGGUGUACCUGGUGGAGUGCUGGCACUGCCACGUGAAGAGAGAGCUGCAGUACAAGGCAGAUGUGGACAGUGUCUAUGAAUGCAUCAACCGCAUGCAGCAAGCCACUCCGUGCAUCUGGUGGAAAGCCAUCAGCUACCACUUUGUGCGGCGAACCCGGCAGGUGACCCGGUACCGCAAUGGCGAUGCCUACACCACCACACAAGUCUACCACGAGAGGGUCAACACCCACGUGGCUGAAGCUGAGUUUGACUACUCUCACUGUGGAUACAAGGACAUCUCCAAGGAGCUCCUGGGCCUGGAGAGCCAUACAGCCACCAAGCUGAGGUUCACCAAGUGCUUCAGCUUUGCCAACAUUGAGUCUGAGAACUCUUACCUGACUCAGAGGGCUCACUUCUUCACAGAGAUUGAGGGGCUGGAUGACUACAUGGAGGUGAGGGAAGGCAUGCAGCUCAAAAACGUAGACUUUAAAGAGCUUAUGAUGGCCUACGGGGACCCGGAUCACCUCCCGUGGUACGUGUCCCACUAUGCGUUCUGGGUGGCAGCUAUCCUGAUGAUCUCCUGGCCGCUCAGGGUACUCAUAGAGUAUCGGACUGCUUAUGUUCACUACCAUGUGGAGAAGCUGCUGGGCCUGGAGUACACAGCACCCGUGGCGGCGGAGGAGCCCUUGUACCGGUACCGCAUGCCCCGAGACGCCACGCAGGACAGCACCGAGCUGGAGUGGCACAUCUGCACCAACCGGCAGCUGAUCCCCAGCUACUCGGAGGCCAUGCUCAUGGACCUGGCCGACUCCCCAGCCUACAACAGCUACAUGGUGUGCCGGUACGGCGAAACGGCCCACGGCUGUGAACGCUGCAACCGUGCCUCCAGCACCUCCUCCAUCUUCUCGCGCCACGCUUUCCACAGCUGCAGUGGAAGCUCCUUUCCCCUUCUCCUUCCCCUUCCCGAAGCCUUUGGGAGCAUCACACGCGACGCUCGGACAAAGCGCAGCGCGCCCGCUGAGGCAGAGGCGUGCUGCGGGCAUGCGGCGGGGGGUCCAGCCUCCCCUCUCCUGCUUGCAUUGCGGAGCAUCUCCGGAGCCCGUGGGGCCGGCGUCGCGUUACAACUAAAAUCUGCAAAAGUAGCUACUUUCUGGAAGGUGCUACCGCCACGGUUAAGCGCAGAAGUACGCCAUGCACUCGGAGGGAUGGGUAUAUAUGGAUACACGGGGGAGAGAGAGCAGCGACAGCAAGUGUGCGUGAAGCUGUUGGCAAACACUGGCGCGGAAGCUCUGAGCCCCAGCGCCGUCGUGAUCCCGGCGAGAGGCAUGUCACGAUUUCCCAUCCCUGAGAGCGCCCAGGCUUCCCGCAAGCUCUCGGGAGGGAACAGCGCUUCCAUUCCGGUCGUGAAACCUCCUUAG